AUGACAUUAAAUUUUGGCAAUACUGUUACGUGCAAACAAUCUUAUUAUGAAAGUAAUAUUUUGGAUGCAAACACUAUUAACAUAGAAGAAAUGGAGAUUUUAGAUUUUAUCAAGGAUUAUGUUAACUUUACAUAUUUAAUGGAGCAAUCAUGGACAGUUUGUGAUUAUUAA